AUGCCGCCUGCUCCCCGUCCACUCGAGGACCCCUGGCCGCGAACGAUUGCUUGCAUUCAUCGCAUUGCUUGCAUCCUCGUGUGGUGUCUGUCCCACGCGGAAGAAAUAGACAGCAGCAUCCUCCUCCCAGGUCUAGAGCUCCAAAAAGUCAGCUCCACCGUCAAGAUCACCCCCCCCGCGUACUCGCCAGGUAUCCUUCCCUUCCCUUCGCGCAGCGAGACCAUCCCACCAGUUCGUGAGCAUCUUCGUCCAUUUCCCCUCCCAUACGGCUCAAUUAAAGCCCAUGUCACGGCCAUAGCUCCCCCACCAUCCCGACUCCUGAUACCCCGACCUCCCCUUCCUUCGGCUUGA